GAGACAGUAUCCAGUGACUAGGGGGAGGUGGCUGGCUGGGGUAGUAGUGCAGACAGUAUCCAGUCUCUAGGGGGAGGUGGCUGGCUGGGGUAGUAGUGCAGACAGUAUCCAGUCUGGGGGGAGGUGGCAUGCUGAGGUAGUAGUGCAUGUAGUAUCCAGUCUCUGGAGGCAGGUGACAGGCUGAGGUAGUAGUGCAUGCAGUAUCCAGUCUCUGGGGGCAGGUGACAGGCUGAGGUAGUAGUGCAUGCAGUAUCCAGUCUCUGGGGACAGGUGACAGGCUGAGGUAGUAGUGCAUGCAGUAUCCAGUCUCAGGGGGCAGGUGACAGGCUGAGGUAGUAGUGCAUGCAGUAUCCAGUCUCUGGGGGCAGGUGACAGGCUGAGGUAGUAGUGCAUGCAGUAGCUGGACUCCAGGGGUGACAGGCUAGGUGGAUAGAGAGUAGUUGCCUGGUGAAUGUGGAAGUAUGGAGGUGUUGUGGGGCUCUGCACUGCUGGUGGCUGUUAUAGUGCUCCUGUGUGAGGGGCUUCGCUUCCUGUUGCCCAGAAAGCUCCAUGGUCUGCACCUAGAGCUGGCUUUUGAAGUGGUGUCAACCAUCCAGCUUUGCUGCUGUACCUGGGAGCUGGUCCUGCUGGGGGUCCGAGGCGGCCUGGAUCCCCUGUUAAGUCUGGGGCUCACCUAUCUGAUGACUGUGAUUCACUGCCUGAGUUUACGAGCUGCCUGUAACCCCUGUGGCAGCCUCCAGCACUGGCUCCGCAAGGAGGCCUCGGGGGUGGACACCACACUGCGAUUGGUGGCUCAGUUCGCAGGGGCCGCACUCUCCCGCCUGGUCAUGCCAUUCUUCUGGAAACUGAGGCUAUCCCAUCUUCAUGAGGACUGGAAGACGGAGGACUUUAGGAGCCCACUGAGCAUAGGGCCCCUGUCUGGGGCAGGUGUGGAGAUGCUCUCUGCUCUGUGUCUGUUAAUCCUACUGAGGAACCUGGGCAAGGUGGAGGAGCAGUUAAGACCACAUGUGGUGGCAAUGCUCAUCACAGGGCUGGUGUAUGCAGGAGGACAUCUCACAGGAGCUGUGUUCAAUCCAGCUCUUGCCUUCUCAGUUCUUCUCAGCUGUGAAGGAAACACGUUUCUAGAGUAUGCUUUUGUUUACUGGCUGGGGCCCAUCAUUGGUUUAAUACUCUCAAUUCUACUCCUUGAUGGAUGUAUUCCGAAACUCAGCUCGGACGAGAAGAUUGCAAGCAAAAAAAAAUUUAAAUGAAAUACAACGGAAUCGGAAUCCAGUACGAAGCAAAUAAAACACUGCUUCUUUACUAUACAACAUGUUGCUGUGAUACAUGGCUUCUCCAACAUGGUUUGAAAUCAUCAGAGUUCCAUGACUGUUUUCCUGACACAAUUGGAUCCCUUUAAGAAACACUGGCACUAUAGGUCCCUACAGUGCCCCCCUACCAUGCGCCCCCCCCCCCCCCCCCCCCGUAAGGCUUAAGAGGUUAAAACCUACAGGGAACUUAGAGCUGCAAUGUAAACAUUUCAGUUCUCUGGAACUGCAAUGUUUUACAUUGCAGCACUAGGUGCAAAAAGGUCACAGCACCCAGACUACUUUAAAUGAGCUGAAGUGGUCUGGGUGCCUACAGUGUCCCUUUAAUUCAUUCAUUGAUUUACCAUUUAUUGCCUACAACAAUUUUUACUAUGGAAGUUUGUUGUAAAAAAAAAAGCUUUCAAGACAUUGGUGUGUACGUAUAACAACUGGAAUGCUAUGGAAACUAAAUCUGCCAACCAAUGCAUAUAGAGAGAGAGGUGUGUGUCUGCUAACUUUUUCAGGGAUUUGAUUUGACAUCCACAGAAUGUGGGAUGUGUGAAUGCAUCUCACCAACCGAUCUUAAGUGUAAAACAGAAUAUCUAGAAAUCGUAUGAGAAGAAUGUGUAGAUGACCAUAUGCCACAUGUCUGCACUUUUGCACUUUACCAUAGAACACGCACUGUGGGAUGUAUUUUACCUAAGGUUGUGACUUUAGACACUAGUUUACUGAACAGUCAUUGUUCUAGAUCUUCUAUAUAACUGGACAAUAGAUGAAGCUCUUUUAAUAAUUCAUUGCCACAUGUUUGUUUUGUUUUAACAAACUUUAUGCAGAACCGAAAUAAGAGCAUGAACAAAAUGUAGGGGGUACGUUUUACUUUUAGUAUUGUAUUCAAUUUAUAUUUUAAUUCAUGACACAUUAGUAUGUUAAAAAUUUUAUGUUAAGCGUAGAUAUUACGAUUUGACAUUGACAAAUAAGAGUAAUAGACAAGCUAAUCUUACAAACUGUGAAACCUAAAACUAUGUUUCAUACAAUUGUGAAACAGCUUGAUAUUCUAUAGAAUCCUGCAUUGAAUAAAAUGUUGGCAUAAUGCUU